CGGAGAGCAUCAGACUGCACCUUUUCCUUCUCAAGAGAACGGAAAGAGAGAGAGAGAGAGAUUGAGUCAGAGAGAGGAAACGCGAGAGAGGAAAAGGAGAGCGCGAGAGAAAGAGAGAGAGAGCGAGAGGGAAAGCGCGCGCGCGAGGGGGAGACCAAUAGCACCUUGUCGCCUGGAGGCGAGCCUGUGAUAAUUUUGUCCCUGUCCGGUAGACCGACUCUAUCUACCACCGGGCGAGCGUGUGCUGUUUCCUCUCUCGCGGCUUCCAGGUUCCUUUCAAAUGGGAAGGUAAAAAUCGAUGAGUCGCGCGCCGCACUGUUGCCACGGGGACCAAAGGAUGUGCUUGAGGUCGCUGGAGAGAGUGAUGACGUGGCAGUGAGAGACACACAUACCUCACUUGUACACACAUACACUCACAAACGCACACAUAUUGGCCCACACACACACACACACACACACACACACACGCUUUAAGUCUUGCCCUACUAAGACAGGAAAGAGGGGGAGAAAAUUCAGCUAUGACGGGGUCAUUUCUCUCCAUUACCGAUGUGUGAGCCACAAACCCACACACACACGUACUCCGUGGGGAGUUGCCUUCAUGGGGGAUAAGGCCCUAUCUAGGGCACAAAGAUGGAGUUUGCAUCCUAUUUGUCAUGUCUCUAACACUCACACAGAUGCACUCACAAAUACACAGAUCCGGAGUCUCAUAUGUGAGAAGUGAAAAAUGAAAGACUGAAUGGAGAGGAUACACUGAGCAUCCCAGAGAAGACAAUAACACGGUGUAGGCCUGUAGGGAAAGAAGAUUCCCAUAACUACCGAAGGUCGGAGGGAACCGCAGUUUGACCCUCUUCUUCAAUGUGUUGUCACUUCCUGUUUUAAAGAGAACCCCUGUAAAAGCAGGGCACACCAGAGACACAGAGAAAGUGUUCAACGAAGUGCCCUACAGUUGUCACCAUGAGCUGUAGGCUAGAGGGAACAUCCCAGCUCUAGCCUCCAUCUCCAGCCGUGUGUGUGUGUGAGUGUGAGAACGAGUGUGUGCAUGAGUGUGAUGGCAGUGUGUGUUUGGGCGGCAGCCCCCCUACUUUUCUUGGGGCUGUGCCUGUGCAGUGUUGGGGGUCAUGCCCAAGGCGAGGUCCUGGAGUUUGGAGGCGUGUCCAGCCAGUGGGGGCGGUUCCCAGUGUGGAAUGCCUGCUGUGAAAGCGUGCUGAGCUUCAGCCUGCGGACUCACAGCCAGGAGGGCCUGCUGCUUUACCUCGAUGAUGAGGGCUUCUGCGACUUCCUGGAGCUGUUGCUUCUCCAUGGCCACCUCCGCCUGCGUUUCUCAAUUUUCUGUGCUGAGCCAGCAGAGCUGCAGUCAGGCGUGGCGGUGAGUGACGGUCACUGGCAUGCAGUGCGUGUAAAACGGGACUGGAGGAACACCUCGUUGGAGGUGGAUGGACGACUGGAGGGAUGGGCAGAAGUGAAGAGCAAAAGAAGAGAUAUGACAGUUUUCAGCCACACCUUCAUGGGCGGGGUGACACCAGAACUCCACUCCUCGCCACUGCGCCUUACAUCCCCUUCUGUGCGGGAACAUCCCGCCUUCCGUGGCUGGAUCACGGCAGUUAGCAUCAACGGCUCACUAGCGACGGUGGACAGCUCAGAGGGUGUCACGGUAACAGCUGGAUGUGGGCCGGACCACCAGUGCCAGAAUGGAGGGGUGUGUAGUGUGGUCAACGACCAGGCCGUCUGCGACUGCUCCGACACCGGUUACCAAGGCAACGACUGCAGCGAAGAGCACAGCUACACUCCAGGUCUGGCACACCUGAUGAUUGGCGACCAAGCUCGCGAGGAGUAUGUGGCCACCUUCAAGGGCUCGGAGUACUUCUGCUACGACCUGUCCCCCAACCCAAUCCAGUCGAGCAGCGAUGAAAUCACGCUCUCCUUCAAGACGCUGCAGCGCAACGGCCUCAUGCUGCACACUGGCAAGUCAGCCGACUACGUCAACCUGGCGCUGAAGAAUGGUGCCGUGUCGCUCGUCAUCAACCUGGGCUCCGGGGCGUUCGAGGCCCUGGUGGAGCCCGUCAACGGCAAAUUCAACGACAACGCCUGGCACGACGUCAAGGUCACCCGCAACCUGAGACAGCACUCAGGCAUUGGACACGCUAUGGUGACCAUCUCUGUGGACGGCAUCCUGACCACCACGGGCUACACCCAGGAGGACUACACCAUGCUGGGCUCUGACGACUUCUUCUACGUGGGAGGGAGUCCUAGCACGGCUGACCUGCCGGGUUCUCCAGUCAGCAAUAACUUCAUGGGCUGUCUCAAAGAGGUGGUGUACAAGAACAAUGAUGUACGAUUGGAGCUGUCUAGACUGGCUAAACAGGGAGACCCAAAGAUGAAGGUCAGUGGGGUGGUAUCCUUCAAGUGUGAGAGUGUGGCCACGCUGGACCCCGUUACCUUUGACACCCCAGAGUCUUUCGUGGCACUGAGCAAGUGGGCAGCAAAGAAGGCAGGAUCAAUCUCGUUCGACUUCAGGACUACAGAGCCGAACGGGUUGAUGCUUUUCAGCCAUGGAAAACCCCGACAGCAGCAACGCAAGGACCCGAGAACACCUCCUACACUCAAGGUGGAUUUUUUCGCCAUUGAGAUGCUGGACGGGCACCUGUACUUGCUGCUGGACAUGGGCUCUGGAACCACGAAGACCAAGGCCAUCGACAGAAAGGUCAAUGAUGGGGAAUGGUAUCAUGUGGACUUCCAGAGGGACGGGCGCUCAGGAACCAUCUCGGUGAACAGUGUAAGAACAGCGUACACGGCUCCGGGGGACAGUGAGAUCCUGGACCUGGAUGACACGCUGUACCUUGGGGGACUACCUGAAGACCGAGCUGGGCUCAUCUUCCCCACAGAGGUGUGGACAGCUCUGUUGAACUACGGUUACGUGGGCUGCAUCAGAGACCUGUUUGUGGACGGACAGAGCAAAGACAUCCGACGGCUGGCUGAGGCUCAGCGUGCGGUGGGAGUGAAGCCUUCAUGCUCCAGAGAGCCUCCCAAACAGUGCCUGUCGAAUCCCUGCCAGCACAACGGCAUCUGCAGGGAGGGCUGGAACCGCUACGUUUGCGACUGCUCGGGGACAGGAUACCUGGGACGCUCUUGUGAGAGAGAUGCAACUAUCCUGUCGUACGACGGCAGUAAGUUUAUGAAGGUGCAGUUGCCUGUGGCGAUGCACACCGAGGCGGAGGACGUCUCGCUACGCUUUCGCUCCCAGCGGGCUUAUGGCGUUCUCAUGGCAACCACAUCUCGAAACUCUGCAGACACCCUUCGUCUGGAGCUAGAUGGGGGCCGUGUCCGACUCACUGUCAACCUAGACUGUAUCAGGAUAAACUGUACAGCCAGUAAAGGCCCAGAGACUAUCUUUGCGGGGUCGGGCCUCAAUGAUAAUGAGUGGCACACAGUGAGGGUAGUCCGGCGUGGCAAGAGCCUCAAACUCACCGUGGACGACCUGCAGCCUGUUGAAGCCCUCAUCUCUGAGGUUUACCCCACACCACCAGGUCAGAUGGCGGGCGACCACACCCAGCUGGAGUUUCACAAUGUGGAGACCGGUAUUGUGACGGAGAAGCGCUUCAUGCCAGCUGUGCCCUCCAAUUUCAUUGGCCACCUCCAGGGCCUAGCCCUGAACGGUAUGUCUUACAUUGACCUGUGUAAGAACGGUGACAUCGACUACUGCGAGCUCAACGCUGUAAUCGGCUAUAAGAGCAUUGUGGCUGACCCCGUCACCUUCCGCUCGCGCUCCAGCUUCGUCACACUGCCCACACUGCAAGCCUACUACUCCAUGCAUCUCUUCAUGCAGUUCAAGACAACGUCACCCGACGGCCUUGUUCUGUACAACAGGGGAGAUGGCAAUGACUUCAUAGUGAUAGAGCUGGUUAAAGGCUACCUACACUACAUCUCUGACCUGGGCAAUGGAGCACACUUGAUCAAAGGAAACUCUAAUAGUCCCCUUAAUGACAACCACUGGCAUAAUGUACACAUAUCCAGAGACACUAACAAUCUCCACACGGUCAAGAUUGACACCAAAGUAACCACGCAGACCACGAUGGGAGCCAAGAACCUCGACUUGAAGGGUGAUCUUUAUAUUGGGGGGAUCUCCAAAGAGAUGUACCGAGACCUACCUAAGCUGGUCCACUCCCGGGAGGGCUUCCAGGGUUGCCUGGCAACAGUCGAUCUAAAUGGCCGCCUUCCUGACCUUUUGGCUGAUGCCUUGGCAACCAUGGGGCAGGUGGAGAGAGGCUGUGAAGUUACAUUGAUGAAAGCUGACUUGCAAGGUCCCAGCACGACGUGUCAGGAAGACUCAUGUUCAAAUCAAGGAGUGUGUCUGCAGCAGUGGGAGGGUUUCACCUGUGACUGCAGCAUGACCUCGUACGCUGGACCAUUAUGCAAUGAUGCUGGAACCACUUAUAUUUUUGGCCGUGAUGGAGGGGUGGUGGUUUACACGUGGCCCCCUAACGAACGUCCCAGCACCAGGGCAGACCGGCUUGCCCUUGGGUUCAGCACCCAACAGAAACACGCCACUCUACUCCGAGUCGACAGUGCAGCUGGUCUGGGAGACUACCUUCAGCUGCAGAUAGACAAAGGGAACAUUAGAGUAGUGUUUAAUGUUGGCACUGACGACAUCAACAUCGAGGAAAGCGCUAAGUUUGUCAACGAUGGGAAGUACCACAUCAUACGGUUUACCCGCAGCGGAGGCAAUGCCACCCUCCAACUGGAUGACCUACCCGUCAUAGAGCGCUAUCCCUCAGGCAACAUUGAUAACGAGCGCCUGGCCAUCGCCAGACAGCGAAUCCCCUAUCGGCUCGGUCGAGUAGUUGACGAUUGGCUACUCGACAAAGGUCGACAGCUGACCAUCUUCAACAGCCAGACAACAGUGAAAGUAGGCGGAGGCGAGCGAAGCGCUAUGUUCCAGGGUCAACUGUCUGGCCUCUACUACAACGGCCUCCGCAUCCUAAACAUGGCCGCCGAGGGGCACCCGCACAUCAGAGUGGAGGGCAGCGCACGACUGGUCGGCGACAUGCCUUCCUCCUCUAUCACCCCUCAGUCCAGUGCUGCAGCCGGAGGCAACCGCUCUGACUCCGCCCCUUCCAUUAGCGACAUCACAACAACCACGGCCACCAACAGGAAACAGGGUUCCACUCAGCAGUCAGCAGACGAUCUUCUGGUGGCGUCAGCUGAGUGUCCCAGUGAUGAUGAAGACAUUGACCCCUGUGACCCCAGUUCAGCCCGCCCCCCCUUGCCAGAGGUGAAGGUGUUCCCAGUUCCGUCUGAGAUUGUGCGGGAGAGCAGCAGCACAACGGGCAUGGUGGUGGGCAUCGUGGCAGCCGCCGCCCUCUGCAUCCUCAUUCUCCUCUACGCCAUGUACAAGUACCGCAACCGAGACGAGGGUUCGUACCACGUGGACGAGAGCCGCAAUUACAUUAGCAACUCAGCCACGCAGCCAAAUGGCAGCACUAAGGACAAGCCGCUGGGCAUCGCCAAGAUCUCCAAGAACAAGAAAAACAAAGACAAGGAGUACUACGUCUGAGGCACGAGACAUACAGACAUAUACGCAUACACCUUUAUAUAUAAUGGUAUAUGUACAUAAAUAGAUAUAUUCUCAUACACACAUACACACUGACAUAGACAUGCUGAUGUUAAUGUUUACUCUCCAAUAAUCACACAUGCACACAUGCUGCCAAGCACAAACAUAAACACAUUCAAGCACGCACACACACACACACACACACACACACACAUAUAAGCACACACACAGACUGGCCCGAGGGCACGGACCCUUAUUGUACAGUAUUUACCAAUGAAGAGCCUGUGAGAGAAGCUCGUUUUAUGAACAAACACCAUUCCAGAUGAUUUAAAAAAGAACAAGUUUAACUCCCAGUAAAGAACCGAAUUUUGGUGCCAGCCAGAUUUAAAGUCCAGUCACUCCCCUGCCACAGUACGACCUCUCCUGUCGGACUCAGAGAGGUCGAGGAAGCCUUUAAGUGAAGCACAAGGCAGAAUGAACAAAGAUGAUGUAAAAGCACCAAGAAAAAGCACCAAGUGUCUCUUCCAAGCUUCUCGGCAUUCUUCCCUGUUAGCAGACGGAGCACUGAGGAACAAGCACACCAACAGUCCAAGUCCAACCUCGAGCAGCAUCAGGACAGGAAAUCAGGGUGUCGCAAUAGAGACAAUGAAUUACGAGUGGCAGAGGCAAGGAUGGUGCUGUUAAUGUAACAGAUGGCCGGUGGUUGUUUUUACGCUGCAGAGCUCGUGUUUUACGGCACCCUGUAAAUCAAAAAAGGUGGAAUCAGUGGAAAAACUGCGAGCUAUUUUCCUGGACAGGAUACUUGAGACUUCAGAUGCUACCUACAGACACCAACGGUGUCCACACACAAACACACACAAACAGCACACAGACAUUAAACUACUUACACAUGCAGACAUACACAUACCUGCAAUGCUAAAGACCCACCAUAUCUUCAAAAAACUGGAGACUAUACAAAAAGACAAUGGUGAAAAUGACAACAACCAUUAUGAUAAUUGUUAUGGCAACGAUAAUGAUGAAUAUGAAGAACAUUUUGGGCAGUAUAGACUCUUUGGGGAAGGGAGGGGGGGGUCUUAUUGCACGUGAAUUAUCUUACUCCGUGUGAUUUAUACCGCAUUGAAACUCCAGAGGUUACACCGUGACACACGGCCAUCAUCAAUCUACCACCUUGGCUUGAAGUAUUCCUAAAUAACACAUUUCAAAUGGUUUUCAGCGUGUGGGAUUCAGUUCAAAUUGUCAUUGACAAAGUGUGACCAUCUCGAGUGUGCUGCAUGCCUGAGUCCGAGCUGUGCUGUGAAGUGGUGGCGUGUCCCACAAAGUCCAGAGAUGGUAGGUUUGUUUGUGGGAGGAGAAGAAGAAAUGGGGUAGCUGUGCCCACCACAGGCCAAGACCUGUUUUCUGGCCUGAUGUCUAAUAGGCCACGCCCACUAUACCUGCUCUUACCAACCACCUUUUAUAGCAAAAACCAGCCGAGGAAAAGAAAAGAAAACAAAGUAAAUGUUACCAUGUGUUGCUAAUAUGUAGAAAAGUCCAGAUCAUGAUGCCACUGGCUAAAUGAGUUGCUUUGAUUUCAUUGGCUCUCCCUUUUCUCUCUUUCUUUUUGCGUCCUUUUGUCUUCAUGCUAUAAGUUGGCUGGUUUGUCAUUACUCAUGGCGAGACCGAGACUGAUGGGAUUCUGGUGGGCUACAUUAUCUGUUUAUUGACAUUGUUUGAGCCCAAUGCAUCUCAUGAAUUGUAGCUCCAUGAUAUAUCGAUACAAACAGUGCCAUGACACGAACAAGCUCCUCCAGUUCUUCCAACCAGUCAGAUGCAUGCAAAACGACCAGGGCGAAAAAGGAUAAGAAGAGGACUGUGUAAGAUUUCAAAGAACAAUGUCAAAAUCAACUAAAAAUAUUCCCUUACUCCCUCCAUCCUUAACUGGCCUUUUUGACCUCCUUCUCUUGUUUUCCCUUUGUUUGGUAAGUUUCCCUCUCUGCCCUCGACUUCCUCUAUGUUUGUCACUUUCUUUUUCCUCUAUCUCUGUUGUGUUGCCAUCUGAAACAAAAGGAGGUGUCUCAACCAAUGGGAUUCUACAUCUAGGUGUUCAUUAACCAUGUUUAUUUUCUAUAUGUACAAUUUUUCUACAGUAUUUACUUUUAUUUUUAUUGUUACGGUUCUUUGAUGAACAUAAAGUGGAAAUUUAUUAUGAAAAAUAGUUUUGAAGAUUAACGAGUAAAUAAAAUAUUACCCAAGUGACCCAGGA